AUGACGGCCGUCGUGGACGCGAGGAGUCAGCGCCCGCGCGCCGCGUCCCCGCCGGACGCUCUUCCGCGUCGCGCGCUCGCGUCCGCGCGCUCGAUGCAGCUCGCGAGCGCGUACGCCCCGCCCGCGCACUCGCCGCCCGCGGCGAAGCCCAAGAGCGGCGCGAGCACGAGCGCCGAGCGCGCGUCGCGACGCUCGAAAUCCCCGGGGAGCAGCCCGGGCGGGGCGUCGGAACGUCAUCGACACCACCACGACCAUCAUGCGAUUCACCUGAUCAACGUGCCGCCGCCGUGUCCGUACAGCGCGAAGGCGUGGGAGACCGCGGGGACGGUGGAGUGGACCGAGCGAUUCCGGGAGUUAUCCUUGAGCGAAGGCGGGCACGCGGAGGACGUCCGCGAACGCCGCGAGAGGUCGUGGGCGCGAGCGAGAGAGGAAGCGGCGCGAGCAGCGGAGAUGGUAGAAAAACGCCGCGCGCUCGCUGAGGCGCGGAGCGAACGCGUCCGAGCGAGAGACGCCGCGAAGCUCGCGCUCGCGGAGGCGAAACGCCUCGACGAGCACGCUAAGAGAGCGGCCGCGGAGGAGAAGCGCGCGGCGAAGCACCACGCCGCGGAGGCGCGGAGAAUCGAGAUGGAAUCGAAGAAGACGUCGGCGGCGAGUCACCGCGCGCGCGCCGCGGCGGCGGCGGCGGCGAAACUCGCCGAGGACGCGUCGGACGCGGAGGCGAAGCGGGAGAGACGACUGGCCGAGCUCGCGCAGAGAGAGGAGGUGCAGCGCCGGCGGGAAGACGCGCGCGCGAAGGAGUUAGCGGACGCGCGGAAGGAGGGAAGAAAGGAUAGAAACCGACCGGCGGCGGCGGCGGCGAAAGAGGGCGACGCGCCGUCCGCCGCCGCGGCGAGACGCGCCGAGAAAGCGGAGAAAGCGAAGGCCGUCGCCGCGGCGAAAGAGGAUGACGCGAUCGAGCGCGCGUGCGCGAGAAGGACGAAAGAGGAGUGGCUCGCGUGGCCGGAGCCGACGACCGAGACCGAGCUCGUCGCGUUCGUGAAGGCGACGUCGCUUCACGCGGGGAUGCGUCGUUGGUAUCGCGUCGAGCGCGCGGGGCGGAUCGAGACGUACGACGACGUCGUCGCGCCGUUGCUCGCGCUCGUCGGCACCGCGUGGUGCGAACCGGGGAGCUCGACGUCGUGGACGCGCGAACACGCGAAGGCGUUCGAGAUCAUCCGCGCCGCGGCGGCGGGGUUGGCGACGAAGACGUCGGCGACGGCGUCGAGUCGGCGCGGGGAGCGUUCGUCGUCGUCCGCGGCCAGACGCGACGAGAACGCGGCGCGCGCGAAAGCGGAGGCGGAGGCGAAGGAGCGAGAUGCGGCCGCGAUGAGAGUGGCGAAGGCGGAGAGAGCCGCGGCGGUCGCCGCGGCGGCGACGGCGAAGGAAGAAGAGCUGGCGGCGAAGCGCGCGAACGCGAAGAAGAAGACGGAAGCGGCGAAGGCGCCGCGCGAGUCGUCGAAGGCGCGGGACGCCGCGGCGGCCAGAGCGGAGAAGGCGGAGAACGCGAAAGCGGCGGAGGCGGCGAAAGCGCAGAAGGAACAGGAGGCGGCGUCGAGACGCGAACGCGCUCGCGCGGAGAAAGCGGCGGCGGCGAAGCCCGAGCCCCGCGAGUCGGCGCCGGCGGCGAAGCCUCGCGCGAAGUCGUCGUCGCCGCCCGAGAAGGAGCCUCGUCGCUCCGCGCCCGCCGCCGCGCCCACCGCCGCGUCCGAGUCGCCUCCGAACGACAAGGACACUCCCCGUCGUAAAGCCACCAAGGCGCUGCACCGUGCCGUCGGCGCGCUGAGCGCGGUCAGGCGCAUGAGCGUCGCGACCGCGAAGCGGCGGUUGAACGCGGGGAAAGCCGCCGAACGACGACCGAACGUCAAGGACCUCGUCGACGAGGCCGCGGACUCUUCCGAGGCGCGGCGACUCGCGCGCGCGGCGGAGAGCACCGAGGACCGUUUCGCGCGCGAGGUGAACGACCUCGAGACGAUGCUCGAGAACGAGAUGUGGAACGUCACGCGCGCGUUAAUCGAGCUGGAGCGCAUACGCCUGCGAGCGAACGGGGCGUUGAGGUCGAUGCGAAGAGAGGAGGAGGAGGAACGCGAACGGGGACGCGCGGCGAGGAACUCGGACAGGGACUACGUCGCGGAGAGCGGCGACGGCGAGGAGGAGGAAGAGUUGGAAGAGAAGGAGGAGGAGGACGCGGACGUAGAGAUCGAGGACGUAGGUAGCGCACCGGAGUUGGAGGCGGCGGCGGCGGAAAUAGCAGCGAGUAGCGAGGCAUGA